UUUUUUUUGUUCUUUGCAAGAAGUUACCAUCCUUCUUUAUCUCUCAAUAGCUUUAAUUUCUUCCUUUAAUUUCUUUUCUCUUUCUCUCUCUUAAAACCCUACUUUAUUCCUUCUCUUCAGCUCACCUCUAAAAAGAAGACGGUCCUGCCUCAAAUCCUCCUUGUGUUCAGAGAAAACAGCUUCUUACUUUCUUUGUUUCUCUCUCUGACCUACUUCCAACUCAUAUCCUGUUCUUGUUUUUAGUAUGAACGUUGAGAACAAGAACGUGUUUCUUGAGUAGAGUGGGUUUUGUUUAUUGAUUCUUGCUGCUGUUUCAUUAAUUUACGUGAAAAUUUUUAGAGGGUAUGGCCUCUCCAUCUGAGCUAACCCUGGAUUGUAGACCUCAGAGCUAUUCUAUGCUAUUGAAAUCUUUUGGGGACCAGAAUGAUCACACUCUAAAGAUUGAAGAGUUUCUCUCUUGCCUUGAGGAAGAAAGGCUAAAGAUUGAUGCAUUCAAGCGCGAAUUACCCCUUUGCAUGCAACUUCUCACCAACGCUAUGGAGACUUCAAGGCAGCAAAUACAAGCCUAUAGAGCAAAUCAGGGGCCAAGGCCAGUGCUUGAAGAAUUCAUACCACUCAAAAACCAUGCCUCUGAAACCUUGGAUAGAUCGUCAAACAUCUCCGAUAAGGCAAACUGGAUGACUACAGCACAACUGUGGAGCCAAGACAGCAAUGAAACCAAACCUCAAACCACAUUAACCACUUCCCCUAAAGAAACUAAUAUAGGAUUCAAUGUUAGUCCCAAGCUGGGUUUAGACACCAAACAAAGAAAUGGAGGAGCUUUCCUUCCAUUCUCAAAAGAACGAAACUUGUGCCCAAGCCCAACUUUAGCUCUUGCUUCUGCUGAUCAGCAAGAAAUGGAAAACAAGAAAUGUUUGGAAAUUGAAAAUGGGUUUUCUUGUUCAAAAAGAGAAAAUUCUGGCAAGCUUGGCAAUAAUAAUGGUGGGGCUAUAGUAAUUGAACAAACAAAAGGAACAGGUAAUUCAUCUUCAGAUGGGCAAGCAACAAAUACUGGGACAAGUAAUGGUGCAGAUAAUACAACUACUAGCACUACAACGGGCAGCCAAACUCAUAGGAAGGCAAGGAGGUGCUGGUCCCCGGACUUGCACCGGAGAUUCGUGAAUGCUCUGCAAAUGCUUGGCGGUUCUCAAGUGGCCACACCAAAACAAAUCAGAGAGCUCAUGAAGGUUGAUGGAUUGACAAAUGAUGAAGUUAAAAGCCAUCUGCAGAAAUAUAGGCUGCACACAAGGAGACCUAGUCCAAGCCCACAAGCACCUGGAGCCCCAACACCUCAGCUCGUCGUUCUAGGAGGCAUAUGGGUCCCACCGGAGUAUGCCACAGCAGCUGCAGCAGCUCACAGCGGGGCCCCUACCCUCUAUGGUACACACCCAGCUUCCCAUGCACCGCCGCCUCACUUUUGUGCCGCACCACCUGUGCACCAAGACUUUUAUACUGCAGCAGCAGCAACUCCAUCGCCGCAGCAGCCUCCACACCACCACCUGCACAGCACACUACAUCACCAACUCCAUAUGUAUAAGGCCACAUCACAGGGUCAUAGCUCCCCGGAGUCCGACGUAAGGGGAACUGGAGACAGGUCUGAAAGCAUUGAAGAUGGCAAGUCAGAGAGCAGCAGCUGGAAGGCUGAAAGUGGCGAGAAUGGCGGAGAAAGAAAAAGUUGGCUGCAUUGAGAGAAGAAGAUGAUGAAAGCAACGGAAGUGAGAUAAGUCUUAAGCCUGUGCUUGCGGUAUUAGAGAUUAGGGUUAAUUAGGUUUUGGAGUUCUAAUUUCUAACGUUGAUGUGCUAUGUACUAAUUAAUUCUAUUCUACAUUUGAUGUCGAAAAUCUUCUAGAGAGAGAAAGAGAGAGAAGGGUAAAAAAGGUAAAUCGAUAAAGUGAGUGUUUGUUUUUUGCUAUUCAUAACAUCCACCAUGAAAAUGAUUGAAACAUUAUGCUUCAUUUUUGGCU